AUGUGCCACCACGUCAUCCACAAGGACGUCAUGGUUCGAUACGACUGGACCCCUCCCGAGGCAAAGUAUUCCGAAGCCGGAAUCAAGUGCGGCCACAUGGUCGCCCUCAAACAAACCGAAGUCUGGUCCUUGGGUCCCGACUUCUGCGAGUGCACCGAGGAGGUCGACCACCACCUUCCGCCGGGGUCGAACCCGCAAAAUGAGCCCAAAACCCUCAACGAACGCGCUGAGCCCGGCUCGGGAAUCGACACUUUGCUGGCGGCUGUGAGUAACAUGCAGAUUCCGUGUCCGGCAUGCAGGCUGGAGGAGUGGGCAAGAGAUAGCUUCAAGGGGAAGCUGCUCCACGUUAGGUAA